AUGGAGAGUUCCACAGGAUCCAUCAAUGCUGUUUGGUUCCAGUAUCUCACUGUUUUUAACAGACAAGAAGCUGAUGUGAGUCUCAGCAGAAAUACAGUUGCUGAUUGGGUGUGUGAGAUGGCCACUGAUUUGAAAACAGAGUCGAUUGAAAAAGGAAAAGAUCUUUUUCCAUACUCACUUGUGGAUGAAACUACUGACACAACUGGUACAGCUCAUUUGGUUAUCUUUCUCCGUGGAGUGGACUCUAAUUUGUUCAUCAUGGAGGAAAUUUUGGACAUUAAAUUGAUACACGGGACAACAGCAGGAAAGGACCUUUUUGAAAAAAUAUGUCAGUGUGUAACCGACAUAAAACUGCCAUGGGACAAACUUGUUGGACUUACAACUGAUGGAGCACUGGCGAUGUACAGCAAGAAAAGUGGACUAGUGGGUAGGAUACGUUUAAAGAUGCAAGGAGAGAACUGUGCUGCUAACAAACACUUUUCUACAGAUUCAUUCCAGUAUCACACUGAAGCCCUUUUUGGAAACAAUUUUAAAUAUAAAAUGAAGCACAUUGAAGAUACUACAAGAUCUGCAAACCAUAGAGACUAG